CGUGAGUUAUUUGUCAAUGUCUUGAACGCCAAUGCCACCAAGCGCGAUGCGAAGCAAUACCUUGCUCGCUUUCAAGCAGAGAAGAAACAUGCAGCCGAGUCUGCGAAGCUCAAGGUUGAAGCUGAACGCAACGGUCCCUCUUCGAUUCUCUCCGACAACCUCAGGCGGUCUGGAGUCAAUUUAGGUAGUCUAUACACGCCCAGUCGCGCCAUCGCCGAGACGCCGGUUUUCGUACAACGAGCAGAUGUGAAUGUCGACCACCAACAUGAUCGAUCCCAACAGCUGCACGUGGCAUUGGUGUGCUUGAAGUCACCCGAGGACAUUGAUGAUAAGACCAUGGAGGGCCUCGCCAUUACUCUAGCGCAGCUCGUCAAGUUGGAUAUGCGCUUGAUCAUUGUGCUCGACUCGUUGUGGAUCGGUUCCAACGUGCGAGCAUUCCGAAAGCUCCUCUACGCCCAGGCUCUGCGAUUAUCAGCUGCGAUUGGGCGACACAGCCCAGACGAGGGCCGCUUCGUGCCCGGAGCUCUGGAGUUUCGAGUCGAUGGAGCAGCCAGCACUUCGUGUUCGGAAGUCGAUGCACGGGUAGCCAUACCAGAGCUACUUCUCGACCCGCUGAAACGAGGACUCAUUCCCAUCCUGCCACCACUUGCGUACACCGAGUCCGGCCGCUUAUCCCGGGUAUCAAGCACCAAUGUAAUGGCUGCAUUGACGCAGAAGCUAGAAAGCAUGAACGCUGCCGAGAGCCAAGACCAUCCUCUGGCACCGAACGGAAUCCUCCUCGAUCGGAUCAUUGUGUUGGAUACUAUUGGAGGGAUCCCGAGCAAGAACCGCGGCGACGGAGCCCAUGUCUUCAUCAACCUGGAACAAGAAUUCGAUGCGAUCGAGCAAGAAUUGACAGACUACGCUACAGCUGCUCGCGACCAUGCGAAGCCAGAGAUGCGGCGGAGGAGUUAUGUCUAUGAGCAGCACCGCACGAACCUCGAGAUGAUCCAACAGUGUUUGUCACAACUCCCCUCCUCUUCAUCCGCCGUGAUCAUCACCCCUCAGGAAGCCGCCAGCUCCUCGCGCAAACACCGAGACCACGACGACGCGACAUCUCUCGGCAGCGCAGGGACUCGCCGCCGCAAGAACAGCCUGAUCCACAACCUGCUCACGAACAAACCCAUGGUAUCUUCCUCGUUGCCCGCCGCGCGCCUGCCCCACGAGACACACCCCGAGGGGGGGAUGCCGCAGCCCGAAGUUGUACAAGCGUCCACCCUGAUCAAACGCGGCAUGCCGCUGACCAUCAUACCCACGCCGGACCCCGUCCGCGGAUGGAUCGCCCCCGGCAGCGACUCGAGUUCCGCAACCCCCGACACCACGACAUCCCUCGACCUGGAGACCGACCCCCGCGUCGAUCUCCCCCGCCUGGUGCACCUCAUCGAGGACUCAUUCCGGCGGAAGCUCGACGUGCAAGCCUAUCUCGACCGCAUCCGCGGCCGGACCGCCGGCCUGAUCGUGGCGGGGAACUACGAAGGCUGCGCGAUCCUGACGUGGGAGACGCCGCCGUCCGCCGCCGCCGCCGCGCACGCCGUCCGCGGAGGAGGGCGCCCCGCCACCGCGACGGACCCGGCCCGCCUCGUCCCCUACCUCGACAAGUUCGCCGUGCUGCAGUCCUCCCAGGGCUCGUCCAACGUCGCGGACAUCCUCUUCCAGUCCAUGGUUCGCAGCUGUUUCCCCAACGGCGUCUGCUGGCGGAGCCGCGGCAACAACCCCGUGAACAAGUGGUAUUUCGAGCGCUGCGCCGGGAGCUGGAAGCUGCCGAAGGAGCCCCCGGCGCAGCUGGCCGAAUGGACGGCCUUCUGGACGGGCGAGGACGUGGUGCAGGAUCUGCAGAGGUGGAGGGAUUACGUCGAGGUCUGCGGCAGUAUCCAGCCGAGCUGGUCG